UUUAAAUGUUUCUUUUUGUAAAAUUUUCAAGUUUAUCUGCUUUUGCAUCUUUGUGGCCACACUUCGCAAAUUAUUUUUCGAACAUAAUAUCGAGUAUUAUUAGUGACAUCACUUAAAUUGUUGGUGGUCAAAUUUGUUUACUGUCUUCUCAGAUUGAUUACUUUGAAGCUUUUAAGUAUCAAUAUAGAAUUCCUCGGUAGCAGUAAAAUAUUAAUUAUGGAAAAGCAUAAAAUUGAAUGUGCUGAUUUAAAGAAAUGUGGAGAAAUUACUACUCAGAUGUCAAUUGGCCAAAAAGAAUUUUUCCUAAAUUGUAGCUUUUGCGAUUACACUUUUCUUCAAUUAGGAGAUUUCAUUCAACACAUUUGUGAGGAUCAUAUGUGUCACUUUACGAACCCUAAAGUAGAGGAUGAAGUUGAUUAUUCCUUUGAAUUGCAACAAGAUAUUCAUCAUGAUGCACCGUUUCCGACGACAGUUUCAAAUGAGGAAGAUAUGGACGAUGGUGAUGAACAUUACCCGACGGCUGAUUCAAAUGAGGAAGAUAUGGACGAUUGUGAUGAACAUUUCGCGACGGCAUAUUCAAAUGAGCAAUGACAGUAAAUCGAAUUUACACGACUUUGAAAAAGUGGAAAUAGAGUUGGACGACAACCAAAUGAAAAAUUCGAUGGAUUUUAAAGAGUUGCCCCUAAUGGAUGGAUACGUGAGCGAAGAUGCUGAGGCUGAAGAUAGUAUUAGCGAAAAUGAUACAGAAAAAAAUGAUAUUGAUAAUGCAGAUGAUGUAGAGAACUCUGAGAUUGCUGCUUAUAUAAAGAAAAAUUAUACACAAAAAACGGAUAGUUAUAAAGGAGCUAAUGCAGAAGACUCUGAGAUUGCUGCUUAUAUAGAGGAACUUGGUUUAAACGAAUCCUUUAAUAAAAAUAAAAUACUCGCAAUAUUUAAAGGCUAUGAAAAACGGCCUACAUUGUGGGAUAACGAUGCGCAAUUACCCAGAGAUAAUAGGAGAAGAGAGAAGGAAAUUAAAAAUAUUGCUGAGGAAGUGGGAAUUCCAACCGAAUGGGAGUCCAUUCGUAAAAUGAUUGGAAAAUUAAGCAGUAGACUUCGAACUGAAUUGGUACGGAAAAAAAUUUAUCUUUCUAAAGGCAAAAUAUAUACACCUGCUUGGUAUAACGAUCUAACUACGUUUAUAAAACCAAAACGAAAAAAAGCUGAGGUCAAAUACAAAACUGAGAUUAAACCAAUUGUUCCUUCUGCAACAACAACAGCUCAAAUGAUAAUGACCGGAAGUGUUUUAAAUGAUGCUCAAAGCAUUCUCUUAGCGGAAAUAUACAAACAGUAUUCUUGUCUUUGGGAUGAAACAGAUAUAGCGUAUAGAUUCGGUAAUAGACGACGAGAAGCUGUAAAAGCUGUUCACGACAAAUUCAAUAAAAAAUCAGGUUUAAGUCUAACCCGCUACGAUAUCGGAUGUGAAAUUUCACGACUUCGAAAAAUAUGCUCUCACGAAAAGAGACUAAAAAUAUUAUGCAAACAACAAAAUAAAAACUAUAGGCAAAGUUGCAAAUUUUAUGAACACAUUUCAUAUCUCGAAGUAGAUGUAACUCCUUAUGAAUGUUCGAUAUGUGGAAAAAUAAUUACAGGCGUAUGUCAGUACAAAGUGCAUGUCGCAUCUCAUGAUGGUUCGCUUCCAUUUAAAUGCCAUGUAUGUGGUCAUGGUUUUAAGUUGACCACAAAUUUAUCCGUACAUUUGCGAAGACAUGUACACGACUACUUAUAUAAGUGUGAGGUGUGUAGCAAGCCGUGCGCAACGACCACAGAAAUAAAAAUUCAUAUGCGCUCACACACCGGCGAGAAGCCAUACGUUUGCGAUGUUUGCGGCAAAAAUUUUCGUACUACAUCAAAAAUUAAUAUGCACAUGCGAAGGCAUGAGAAUAAACCAACCCACAGAUGUGAAAUAUGCAAUAAAGGAUUUUACAGUAAAGGUUUUUAUAGAGAACACAUGAAAGUGCACCAAAAUGUGCGAGAUAAAAUUUGCAAUAUAUGUAAUAAAGGUUUUACGAGUACCAAGCAUCUGCGACAACACAAACAGAUCCAUGCUGCAGAAAAGAAAUAUGCGUGCAAGAUCUGUGAUAAACGAUUUGCUCAAUAUGCCGGUUUAAGUGCUCAUAUGAAAUCACAUGGUACAACAUUAGUUGCAGUAAGUUCGAAAGGCUCUGAAGACGCGCUUUAAAGUAAAUUAUAAAUAUAACGUUAAGUUAUUAGUAAAUAAAAUUUAAUUAAAUACAUAAAUAAUUAUUAAAUGUAUUUAA